AUGCGACUACAAGGAGCUCUCGCUGUACAAAAGUUCCUCGCCGAUGGUGUGGCUCCAGACGUGGUAUCGCUGUAUACGGCCCUGCAACGUUCCAAUUCGGCACUCAAAAGGAGGCCCAAGAAAACCCUACAGGCUUCAUUGGAGCGUGUUCUCGAAUUCAUAGGGGCCAACGAAGGCGACGAGGUCGACUCCGACACUAUAAUUGAAGACGCAAUUCCGGAGAACGAUCUUGGUGCCGACAUAAUGAAUCGGAGCUUGAGAGCGAACUUGAGCAAUGGCGCUCCGCAAAACGCUUCCGCUGGACAGGCACCUACUGAGCAGUCGGUUUCCGUUGGCGAUACUUCGAGAAAGCGUCGACCAAAUGGAGAGGCACUGCCGAAGCGACAGAAAGUCGAGAAAAUCAAUAUGGACGCGCCUUCCGAUAUUUCAUUCGACGACGUAGGCGGCAUGGACGAUGUUAUUGAUCAAUUAGCCGACAAUCUCAUCAUGCCUUUCAAAUACCACAACGACUACCGCGAGAGCGAUUUGCCGCUUCCGAAGGGCAUUAUGCUUCAUGGGCCUCCAGGAUGUGGUAAAACGAUGUUGGUACGAGCGAUGGCUGCAGAAAUGGGGGUGCCAUUCGUCGAAAUUUUGGGUCCCGCUAUCGUAUCCGGCAUGAGUGGCGAGUCAGAAAAGGGUAUUCGCGAGCGCUUCGAGGAGGCCAAAAAGAACGCACCCUGUCUGAUAUUCAUCGACGAAAUUGAUGCGAUCGCUCCAAAACGUGAGUCAAGCCAGAGUCAAAUGGAGAAGCGGAUAGUGGCACAGCUGCUUGUCAGCAUGGACGAGUUGCAGCGCGACACCGAGAAGCCGGUAAUCGUGCUCGCAGCAACGAACCGACCAGACAGUAUCGAUCCGGCCCUCAGAAGGGGUGGUAGAUUCGGAACGGAAAUCAAUAUCGGCGUUCCCAAUGAACAGGUGCGCAGAAGAAUACUGGAAACUCAAACACGGAAGAUGAAAUUGGCUACGGACGUCGACUUCACAAGGCUCGCCAAGCAGACAGCAGGCUUUGUUGGAGCUGAUUUGCACGAUCUGGUCGGCAAAGCUGGAGCGCAUCAAAUGAGGCGCCUUCGACUCGCAUAUGAGAACCAAGCCGUGGAGCUGAACGUCCAAUACAGGGCCUCAGAGAGACAGACCGUCGACAGAGUGCGAAGAUUGAAUGCUCGUGCUGACGCCAACUUGCCAAGACCUGAAGGCUUUGAAGUGAUGCAACUCGCCAUGGAAGAUUUCCAAGCAGUUCUACCAGUUAUCACUCCUUCAAGCAAACGCGAGGGAUUUGCGACCAUCCCAGAUGUUUCAUGGAAGGAUAUUGGAGCCCUUGCGACGGUUCGCGAAGAGAUUAUGACCGCAAUCGUGGAGCCUAUCGCCCACCCUGAAUUAUACGAUGACUUUGGCGAAGCGGCUCCGUCAGGUGUGCUUCUCUGGGGCCCUCCAGGCUGCGGCAAGACCUUACUAGCAAAGGCUGCCGCAGCGGAGAGCAAAGCAAACUUCAUCUCAAUCAAAGGACCCGAGUUACUCAACAAAUUCGUCGGAGAAAGCGAGGCAGCAGUACGAAAAGUAUUCCAAAGAGCCCGAUCCAGUGUACCUUGUGUUAUCUUCUUCGACGAAUUCGACGCCUUGGUACCGAAACGCGAGGACGGCGGAAGUGAAGCUUCGUCGCGAGUCGUCAACACGCUUCUGACUGAACUGGACGGACUCAACGAGCGAGCAGGAAUCUACGUUAUCGCAGCCACUAAUCGGCCAGAGCAUAUCGACAGUGCCAUGCUCAGACCUGGUCGGUUAGGCACUCACCUCUUCGUCGAUUUACCAGGUCCAGAUGAGAGAGUCGAUAUCCUUAGAGCCGUCGUUCGCAACAAGCCUUGUGAAUUUACUCCACAACUCGCUCAACUCGUACGAGAAGAGUGUCAUGAGUAUUCGGGAGCUGAUCUGGGUGCCAUGGUCAAGGAGGCUGUGCAGAGCGCUAUCAAGCGAAGAUCGAAACAAUUGGAUCUGGUCGACUUCCAGUAUGCUGCGAAGCGUGUGAAAGGGUCCGUGCACGACGCAGCUAGAUACAACCACGUCAUGGCUUUCAUUCGCCUGGGCGUCAAACGUCCGAAGUAA